CAAAGCAACCUGCGCCAAGUCGAGGAAACGGUAAAAGUUCGCCUUGUCUAAUAAAAACGCUUAUAGUGAUGUAACCUACUGGGAUACUUCCAUAUUAGUAUGUAACGGUGCCGGCGUGUUUUAACGGAGCCAAUUAAUCCAAGGGAUACUUUUACACCAAUUUGGCUGAACAUUUACAUCCCGGACCAACUUAUCCGAUGAGAAUGUACAAUAAGGAGCGUACUGUGUUGUGGAGGCUUCACGGAAAUAAGCGAAAAGCCUAGGAAUUAACAGUGGUGCCACUUGAACCAGCUCUGAGUUCUCAUUUUCACUUUAUGUGGACAACUUGUCUUUGUAUGGGAAUAAUGAGGGCAUUUUAAGAAGACCGACAGGGCUUAUGACCGCACAGUACGCCGAGAUACGGAAAGAUUCUCCUCAUUCAUGAUCACAGUCACUUUUCUUCCGUGUGAAAAGCUUCCCUGGACCAUUCGGAGAAUAUUUCGGGAGAAUCACAAUGUAAGGUGCAGCUCUUCUUCAAUGGACAGAGACGCGACUGGAAAUCCGCCGGGCUCUUAGUAAUUCUGUGAUCUUUUUAUACCUGUAUGGAACUACUAAACGUAAAACGUUUUCAUAGAAUAUUUCAUAGUAGCCUAAAUACUUCACUGCGCUCUUCUAUCCGCCGUGUUUUGAGAUUUUGGAAGUCGAAUACUUGUCUUGUAAACGCAGACAUAUAUACUAUAUAAUGUCAUUUGUAUUGCGUUAUGUUUCUCAGAUUCGUCCUGUCCCGUAUACUUACGUGGUAGGUUGUGUUUCUUCGCUCGAAACCUUUUUUUUCUUAGAAAAGAAUGUCUGCUGUGGCACUUGGUGCUUAAGUUACGACAAUUUAACCAUAGUACUUCAUGUCCAAUUCCAAAUCUUUUUUUUUUCAGUAUCUGAAGUAAUAUGUUAGUUAUGUUUUAUAAGUAGUUACUGUACUAUUACAGUUGAUGUACUUACACAUAUAGUGGUGACUAGGUUAACUGCAGACAAGCUUAUUGCAAUUGAGACCAAUUGAUAAGGUCGGCUGGUUUAAAGUGAUUUUUCAAGGGAUGGAUUCUUGCAAGAGAACAUCGUAAAUAUAACUUGCUGAUGUGUAUAUUGUAGCAGCACCCCAAGCACUGACGACUCGCUCGCCAUUCCUAAGGUACAGACUGAUCAUGGUCUCCGGGGUUCGUGCCCUUACAGUUCUGCUGCUUGCUCAGGUGUUGCUUGGCGGGUCAAUAGGACUUAUCCCCGAGGUGGGCCGUCGGAGGUAUAGCGAAUCGGGCCGCCAGAGUCCACCACUCCCGGAGGAUAUCCUUAACGAGUUUGAGCUUCGAUUGCUGAACAUGUUCGGACUGAAGCGGAGACCAAACCCAAGUCGGUCCGCCGUAGUGCCACAGUACAUGAUGGACCUCUAUCGAAUGCACUCGGGGAAUGGAGAAGAGAAACUGAACAGGGCGAGAUCCUCCUCUGCAAAAACUGCGGAGCGCUCUGCCAGCAGGGCCAAUACGAUUAGGAGUUUUUAUCACGAAGAGUCUUUGGAAGCUCUUUCCAGCUUACGUGGCAAAACGGCGCAGAAGUUCUUCUUCAAUCUCACCACCAUUCCCGAAGAGGAACUCAUCACGUCAGCAGAGCUGAGGGUUUUCCGAGAACAGAUGAAGGGAGGAGAGAACUCUAGGGCCACCUUUCACCGCAUCAACGUCUACGAGAUUUUAAGGACAGACUCGUGCUCUAAGGAGCUCAUCACCAGACUUUUAGACACGAGGCUACUGCAGCCCGAUUCGGGCAAGUGGGAGAGCUUCGACGUCAGCCCGGCCGUCAUGAGGUGGACGAAGGAAGGGCACGCCAACCAUGGCUUCCUCCUGGAGGUGGUCCACCUUAACGGCACCGGCAGGGAUGCUAGGAGGCACGUAAGGAUCAGCAGGUCCUUACAUGAGGAUGAGAAUUCCUGGCCUCACAUAAGGCCCCUGUUGGUGACCUUUAGCCACGACGGCCGUGGUGAUGUCCUCCAUAACAGGGAGAAACGACAAGCUAGAACAAAGCAGAGGAGAAAGCACAAGAGCAGCUGUAGACGGCACUCACUCUACGUGGACUUUAUCAACGUAGGUUGGAAUGAUUGGAUAGUUGCUCCACCUGGAUACCAUGCUUUCUACUGCCAUGGGGAGUGUCCGUUCCCACUGGCCGAUCACCUCAACUCAACAAAUCAUGCUAUUGUUCAAACUCUAGUCAACUCAGUGAACACAAACAUUCCCAGAGCUUGCUGUGUACCAACAGAACUCAGUCCGAUAUCCCUGCUGUACCUGGAUGAGUAUGAGAAGGUCGUCCUUAAAAACUAUCAGGACAUGGUGGUUGAAGGCUGUGGUUGUCGUUGAAAAGAUUAUGAUCACAUGUUUUUUAUUUUUCCUGAGAAGACUGUCCAUCAUACAGUUACAAGCAGUUGGGAAAGUAAAUAUUUAUGAGAAAUAUUUCAAGUUAAUCAUUAUGUUUUUCUGAUGUACAUUUCUUUAGUGGCCAAAUCCCACUCAUGAAGUCUAAUUAUCAGAUAUGUAUUUAUUUCUAUUAAACUUUCUUUAUCUAGUAAAUAAUUCAUAUCUAUUUAUGUGUUAUCAUGAGGAAAAAUAUGGAUUUUAUAAUAGUCUCUGAGAAUGUGUGUAAGCUGUUUAUUUCUUUUAAAAUGGUAGAUUAUAUAAAAGAGUGAUCAGUUUUUACAGACUAACAUAAGACUUUAAUAUAAUUCUAAAAACCAUAUAGCUAAGGGAAGUACACUUAUAAAAUGAAAAAAAUAUAUAUAAUAUGACAGUUCUUAACAUGGUAUUCCAAUAACCUUUGCAGUGAUUUUGAAUGAAAUGGUCCGUUUCUCCACAAGGAUGUGGCAAAGAUAUGAGCAGAACGUGGAUUACAGUUAUGAGAGUCAUUGCAGGCGCAGAGAACAGCGGAAGCAUCAUUAAUGUGAAUGCACUUAUCUGGAAGCAAUGUGAGAUGCAGUCGUCGACACUGAACGCCCGGGAUCGUAGCUCGUGGAGCGAGGUGUGUGCUUUGUCUCAAACCCAUGUAUUCUGUCUAAUGUCAUUAUGGCUCUGAUGAGUAAGGAUUGUAUUUAUAAAUGCGUCUCUUUAAGGCUCAUACGUUUAAUUGUUCAUUUCAGGACAUUCUACACUUUCAUCUAAACACCCCUCCCCCCACCUAGUCUUUGUUGAGAAUCUCUAAUUAAAAUUUCCUCAUCUUCAUCUGCUAACCUCAGUUCUUUAAUCGUCGACAUCACUUGCAAUUAUGACUCACCUAUACAAUAAAACUGGGCUAUUUGUUAUCUAGUAAA